UCCCUCUCUCUCGCAUCAAGAGAUCCCACCCGUCCACGUGUCCCUCAAUCUCCGUCUGGCUGAUUGGCCCUUUUCCAGAAGCCUAGAUCGAUAGGAAGCAACGCGGCGCCGCCGCUGGCUGUGCACCACUCGUCGCCGGUCAUGGCGGCCUCCGCCACCGGCACCGCCCAUGAUCCAUCCAUCCCCAUCUACAUCUCAUCCGACGAAGACGACGAGGUAACAGUCCUUGGCUCCUCCCGCAGCCGCGAGGAGCUCCAGAUCCAGCAGGCCAUCCUCCUCUCCAUCGACUCCUCGCGCGACCCGACCGCCAUCCCGUCCUCCCCCUCCGCCUCGCCCUUCCCCUCAGGAACCGCCGGCGCUGGAAUCUCCAAAGAUUCCAUUCCAAACCGAAAGGAUAAUCGCGAACUGCGAUUGGGGUUACCCCGGUUCCCUGUGGCUUCCAGCAGAUCCCUUUCAAAGCCGAAGACACCUCAAGUUAUCGACUUAGAUGAUGAUGACAGCCUUCGUCGAGUUAUCGAUCUGGAUGGUGAUGAAGACAGUUUGAUCUUCAGCAAGGAGAUCGGCAACGGCGGGAGGAGGAAGAAGCCGCGCAACGGCGCGCACUUCGAGAUCGGCGAGUGCUCCCACAGCGCCAAGGACUUCGACUGCGCGAUCUGCAUGGAGACGGUGCCCGGCGUCGAGCGCUUCGCCGUCCCCGGGUGCGGCCACGCCUUCUGCGCCGGCUGCGUGCGGCAGUACAUCGCCGCGAGGGUGGACGAGAACCUGCUGGCCGUCGGCUGCCCGGACCCGGGGUGCAGGGACGGCGUGCUGCACCCGGAGGAGUGCCGCCACGUGCUCCCCUCGCCGCUCUUCCACCGCUGGGGCGCCGCGCUCUGCGACAUGGCGCUCGAGGAGGUCAAGUUCUACUGCCCCUUCAAGGACUGCUCCGCGCUGCUGGUCGACGACGAGCCUGGCCCCGGGACCGGCCAAGCCAAGGCCGAGUGCCCACACUGCAAGCGCGCGUUCUGCGCCACGUGCAAGGUGCCCUGGCACGACGGCGUCGACUGCGCCGAGUUCCAGCGGCUCGGCGACGACGAGCGCGGCCGGGAGGACCUGCUGCUCAGGAAGGUCGCGCAGCAGAGCAAGUGGCAGAGGUGCCCCAAGUGCAAGAUGUACGUCGACAGGAUCGACGGCUGCACAUUCAUCGCCUGCAGGUGCGGGCACUGCUUCUGCUACCUGUGCGGCAACACCAUGGCCAGGAACAACCAUUUUUGCAAACACUGCAACCGUGCACGGAGAUGAUUGGUGAAUGGUCUGGAGAUGCCAACGUUAAUGCUGUUUUGGCCAUCACUAUGAGUGAGAAGUACUACUCAAGUAGUAACACCUAGUAUAAGUAGUAAUGACAGUUUGCAAGACUGUUGAUUUGGAAAUCGGAAAUGCUUCACACACGACAACUCCCAUCCGAUGUGUGUACGAUCUAGUUAAUUCCCCUUCCCUCCCUAGUGGCUAAGUUAAGCCCAAACUCAAACCAGCAAUACUGUUGAGCGUCUUUUUAUGGUUCCCUAAAUCCCGAUCUGAAGCAAUUUAACUUGUUCUUGCUGC